UACUUUAGGGACCCAACCAUGAGGCCUUCCCAUGGUCCUUCUUAUAUUGUUCUCUUCCUCCUCGCCACAUCCUCAUGCAGCGCUUCCAUUUUGGAAGACGCGUGCAAAACCUUCUCCGCUGCCCGCCCGGACAUCGGCUACGGCUACUGUAUUGAGUUCUUCCAAGCCAACAAGGACAGCACUACCGCGGACAAGCGCGGCCUUGCCACCAUCGCAACGAAUAUCGCAAGGGCAACGGCCAUGAACACCAGAAAGCUCAGCGCUGCCCUGAGAAACAUGGUGAAGGACCAGAAGACGCGCGAAUGCCUCGGAGAUUGCGCCGUUUUGUACUAUGGUAUCGUGGGCCGACUCGAUGAGGCGGCGAAGGGCAUCACGUCGGGCAGAUCACAGGGCUUGCAGGACGCGGUGUGGAGCCUGAGCGCUGCCCUCAACGUACCAGAAACUUGCGAAGAAGGAUUCCGCAAACUAGGCGGAAAGUCCACGCUAGCCGCCGCAGACUCAGAGUUCAGCAAGGAGGUCUCCAUCGCUCUUGUUCUAGCCAGGACGCUCAGCAGGUAGGUACCAGGUAGCAGCCGAGGAAAUAUACGUGUAUCUAGGCGUGUCACAGUAUAGAAUCAUUUGGAUAAAUAAACUUCUCGAUUGUUUUGAGAAAUAAACUGCUGGAAUUUUGUAAGUGACGAUGUUUAGAAUCAGUGAAGUUCGCGAGCAUGUUCGGGGCUCUUUUCUUUUUCUCAGGUGGGAUUAU